CUCUCUUCCCUCCAUGUCUGACGCACCUUCGACCGAGAUCCAUAUUAAUGUCAAAGGCCCGAGCGAGCUCAAGCUCCAGAUAACGAUCGCCACGGACAAGACCGUCCUCGAGCUCAAGCAGGCCAUCGCAGAAAAGUCAGACGUCGAGGCAGAGCGGCAGAGGCUUAUCUAUUCAGGACGAGUGCUCAAGGAUGAAGAUGCGCUCUCUGUGUACAAGAUCCAGUCCUCGCAUACCAUUCACAUGGUAAAGGGCGUCGCUCGCUCAGCCGGAGCCCCUUCCACAGCCCCAAGCGCGGGCGUCACCCAACCCACGCCCGCCCAACAGCUCCCCACGAUGCAAACCGGGCAGAACCCGCACGACCCCCUAACCCAGCUCAACAGCCACCUCGGCUUCGGCGCGAUGGGCUCAUUCAACCCGUUCGCGGAGAUGGGGCUCAACCCAAACGACCCGAACAUGAUGCAGACGAUGAUGAACUCGCCUCAAUUCUUGCAGCAGAUGUCGAGCGUCAUGUCGAACCCCGCCGUGCUGGACCAGAUCAUCGCGUCGAACCCUCAGCUGGCGGCGAUGGCGCCGCAGGUGCGGGAGGUAUUUUCAUCGGACAGGUUUAGGCAGAUGAUGUCGAAUCCCGAGGCGCUUCGGACAAUGAUGCAGCUCUCCUCUAUGAUGCGCGGAGGCGAGGGCGGCGGUGCAGACCCGUUCGGCGGAGGGGCAUUCGGCGGUGCGCCGGGCUUCCCCGCUCCAGGGGUUCCAUCGACAGGCGCACCUGGCACACCCGGCUCGAACACGAAUACCAACAACGCAUCCUCGCCCUCGUCACCGUCCGCAGGAGGUCAGCAACCCAAUCCGUUCGGAUUCUUCCCGCCAUUCGGCGCCGGCGCCGGAGGUGCUGGCACUGGUGCCGGUGCCGGUGCCGGCGGGCAGGGCGCAUUCAACCCCUUUGACCCAUCGAACCUCGCGCAAAUGCAGCAGAUCCUCGGUGGUUUGGGAGGUGGUGCGGGCGCUAGUGCGGGCGGCGCCGGCGGCCUUGGCGGUCUCGGUGGACUCGGUGGCUUCGGGUCACCACCGGCUGCACCAGCAGACUCGAGACCGCCUGAAGAGCGAUUCCAGACUCAGCUCCAGCAACUGCAAGAUAUGGGGUUCACGAACGCGUCCCAGAAUGUGCGUGCGCUGCUUGCGACGGGCGGAAACGUGCAUGCUGCGAUAGAGUACAUUCUUGGCGGUGGUGGAUUGUAGGAGGAUAUUCUUGGUUGCGAUGAGCGCUGUAAGUUAUGGGAUCGCACAGCAGCCAGCAGUAGACGACCGGUGUAAAAGUUGUAGUACAUGAUCAAAGACGC